GAGUGUUCCAUACAUAAGUAAAAGUAGCUAUAGAAAGGAUAACUCUCUAAGAGGAGAAAUACCCUAACGAGGUUGUCUAUAUUACGAGAUUGUCCAGCUGCGUACAGAUGUAUCUGUUAUCGCAAUAGAACAGUUGAAAUUGUCGGAAGAUUCUUGAAAAGGUCCUUAGUUUUGCUUCUAUAAGACUUCUCAAUCCCAAAAGUAUAUAAUUGAUAUAGACAUUUGUGAUUUUUAAUAAUGUCUGUAGCAUUGCGACACUGCAUUUUAAUUCAAAGAAAAAUAUGUUUCCAAAAAUUUGCUUCCCAAAGAUGUACUACACCAUUUCUAUUCAACAUUUGUAAUAAUAAGGUAACUCCAGGGAAUUUGCAAGUAAAGUAUUUCUAUACAGAAGGUAAUAAUUAUGGAGAUAACCAAUUAAUAUAUACAGGAAAGUUGAACUGGAAACUUUAUUAUGUUAAAGCAUUUUCCUUAUCAACUUCAUUUGUAAGCAUUGGUUUCGCACCAAUUGUUUAUAUGCACUCUAUGGAAUCAGAUAAUCCAAUAGUUACACUUACUGUAUCGGUUAUUAUGUUUAUUUAUCUAACAGCAACUCCACUGUUGCUACAUCAUAUAUUAGGAAGAAAAUAUGCAUUUCAUAUAUAUUUUAAUUCACAAAAGAAAAGGUAUAUUGCGGAAACAUAUAGCUUAUUUCUUAAGAAACUACAGACUGAAUUUACAGAAGAUGAUGUGCAUGUGCCUGAUAUAACUGGACCAUUUACAACUUGCGUUGUGAAAGGAAAACCACUGUUCUUUAAUGAGGCAGAAUUCACAGAACAAGUACACUAUCAUAAUAUUAUGGGCCAUUAUAAACCACUAGAUCUUUUCUGUACUGAUGAUAAAGAUAAAAUGAAAGAUGUACGGAAUAAUGACAAGAAAUAAUAUAAAUAAUUUUAAGUUUGAAGCAAUCUUAUUUAUUACACAAUUUCUAAAUUUAAUAUUUUAAUACAUUACUUAAAAUCUAUUGUAAGUUUCUAGGUACAAAAUAUAUACAAUACAUUAUUAUGUUGACAUUAUAUACUGAAAAAAUACAGUAAUAAAUAAUUACAACACAAACUGGAUGAAUAUGUAAUGUU